AAUUUUCUGUCAUUUCUCGAUCAAUCGAUUGAUUGAUCUUCAAAAACGUAUCAUGGAGCAAAAAAAUGAAGAAAUCGAAGCAAUUGAUGACCGAAUGAUUGCUGGUGUGGAAGUAAAUUUCCAGAAAAUGAGGAGAUCAAAGCAUAAGACAGAAGAACGUCUCACAUCGGGGCAAGUUGACGCAUUCGCUCAGAAACUUUUCGAGGCUUAUCCAGACGGUUCGUUGGAGGGAUUCUUGGAUAUUGACGAUGUUCAAAAAAAAAAGUUGGAUGAACAGCGGCAAGAGUUUACCGGAGAUUAUCCGAUUGUUCAACCCGUGCUUGAUGGAUCCCGAGAGUUGAUGGUUGUACUUAGAUAUAAUCCAUUGUACCAUGCCGUUGAAAUCUAUGAUCCUGUUCAGAUUUAUGAUAGUGAAGGCAUCCCAAUGGUAGUCAAACCGAUUCGCGAGCAGAUUGUGAAUUUGUUUGCUCAUUUGUUCCUAGAUAAGAUCCGUCUGAUCUUUGACAUUGAAUAUGAGCAGCAGGCCGACAAGUGCUCUGAUAGGCUCCGCGCCGUUGGAGCAAUGAUGGCGAUUGCUCUCGGAUACAAUCCAGCGGCAAUGGACUACAAUUUGAAGGGUAUCUCAAAGCUCGUCAAGAAGAUUCUCAAUUCAGAAUCACCGGAUUUCAAAAAAUUCGAGAAGGCAGAUAUCGGAACUUUGAACGCAAAGUAUAGCGGGCAGAAUCGUGUGACGAUGUUCAUUGGCAACAAUGGGGAGACACUUUUGGCGACUCGAAAUGUAUACGGACUGGAGAAGCAUGCACUCAAGACUGGGCUGGGGAAGAUGGACAAGAAUGGACAUGUCGUGGAACGAGAGUCAUUCCUCGAAGAAGAAUUCCACGAUGAGACAAUUUACAAGCAAUUCCACGCGCCAGACCUUGGUAUGGGAAAACCGGAUAAUGUGAAUGCAAUUAAACUGUUCCACGUGGACUACCGAGACUACGAUUUGCAAAAUGCCAAUGGUCUCGAGCGGCCUAUUUAUCUGGAACCGUACAAACCUGUUCAGAGCGAUUGCUUCGCGGUGCCCAAUCUGACAUCGACGCUUGAUCGUGUGUCAUCCAACGGAGAGCUUCUGAAAUACGUGAACGAAGUGAUGCAAUCCAUAACUCCAUACACACCGUACCAUCUUCAUGCUCAAAGUGUCGAAUAUCUCCGCUAUACGCCUCGUCACAUGAAUAUGUGCAUCAAUCCGCUUCAGGCAAUCCGUGCGUGGGCUCUUUUGGCUAAUAUGGCCGACGGGAAGACCAACACGGAUCUGUUGAAUUUUGUUGGCAAAUACACCUAUCCCGGCCAACUUGAGAACAACAAGAUGAUGAACGAUGACAUUCUCAAUCUUCACUUUGAAGCUGAAAAACUAUUCGAGGGAUGUGUCCGUGUGUUCACCGAACUGCCAAAGCAUUUGUGGCACAACGAGGAUAUCCGUAUAAUUCAAAAUAGCUAUUACGGAGGGAAAAGCUUGCGCGGAGCUAUGCAGCAUCACUGCUUCGCAACAGAUCCAGAUGGGCUCUACUCUUGUCAUAGGAUCAAUGAGGAGGUUGCGCUCUCAACUCACGGAGCCGUCAACUUUGUAGUUCCGGAGAACCACGCGCCCAACUGGAGAGCCUCAAUUGCGCUGGUCUCAGCGAUGGAUUGUACGUUUUACUGGAAAACCUACGCCAAACCAAAGUUGAUGGACAACUUCAACUUUGUGAACGAACAGUACGGCGCUUCAAAGUGCGUUGGCUACUUUGCACAUGCUGAUUUCAAGUUUUUUGAGGAUAUUUACUGUCUGGAGAGCCGUAUUCCAGGUGUCCGCUUGUACAUUACCUUCGAAUCGCCUGACAAGAUGGACAGCAAGAAAGAGUUCAUGUCCAAGCUUCACGAGAAGAUCCAGACCUGCGGCGACUGGCACACCACCUUCGACUCGCCCGUCUUCCUACCCCUAUGCACAACCUCUACACCACUUUCCCUAUACGCCCACGCAAAAGCCAGCGGGCUUUCGAGAAUCUUCUCCAGCGAAAAAUCCGAGCUUCUCGAGAUGAAGAGUAUUCCGGCACGUGGUGGUGCACGUCAAUUCUCCACACUUUACGAUCACUAUCACAAGACUGUGUUUGAAGUUCAUGGGUCUGAUCCGAAGGUUGAAAAUUUUAUGAGAAAACGUCCUCGUCGAAUGUUUGAUCAAUUCUCGCCGGCCAGAGCUCAUCAGUGUGUGGACGAUUCGAUGGCGGAGCUGCAUGGGAAGUAUCAGAUGAAAAAUCCGACAAAGGAAUUCAAUAAUAAAAUGAAUAUUAAUCCAUUGCUCACCUACCGCGAGAACCACUUGAACCACGAUGAGCCCAGCUUCGAGUGGCUCCAUGAGAAUCACGAAUUCGAUUUGAAGGAUCCUAAAGCGCUCAUGUUCAACAAACCAUUCUACUAUGUGAUGACUCGAGCUUUGGUCGGAAAAAACCAAUUGAUUGUGUGUGCUGGGUACUUUAACAACACGACUUGGGUGAAGCAACAGUGAUACGGCGGAGCAGUGGGAAUUUGUUUUUAGAAUUCUAGUAUUUAUGGAAUGAAAAGGUUUUAAUUGAA